GAUGGCUAACAACUGAAUUUACUAAACAGGGAAUUGGCACUACACAUCUGCAUCAGCUGAUCAGUGAACUGCACUAAUCAGUACAGAUGUGUGGUGCAAGCAAGUAGUGUCCAAUUCUCAGUUUAGUAAAUUCAGUUGUUAGCCGUCGCUCAGCAAGUAUGGACCUAUAGAAGAAAUAUAAACUUGGUGGUGUCUGAAAUUGAAGAACUUUUGGAAGUUGAAAUUGCUAAACCAAAAAUUGGGUUCGAAGAUGGAUUGGCAUGGCGCAAGAUACCAACUCUUGUAUUUGGUCUUCUUUGCCAUUGUUUUUUUCAAUAACACGAGCGUCGUCAUACGCUAAACACUAAACAGCCAGUCCAGGCACGUUGCGAGUGAGGGUGAAUGGAGGGCGCGUGAUGUGGCUACUCGUAGUCCACUCGCAAAAAAAUAGAACACGCUUCUAAUCAUGUUACUGAUGUUUAUGACGAUCUCGGUGGAGCAGUGGUAAAGUGCUUGCCUCUGAAACGGGAGGUCCCGGGUUCGAUCCCCUGUCGGGUCGGGUCAUGAUGGAAAAUGAUCUUUUUCUGAUUGGCCCGGGUCUUGGAUGUUUAUGUAUACAUGUAUGUAUUGUAUAUGUUAUAAAAUGAGUAUUGUUGAGUUAGUACCCCAUAACACAAGUCUCGAGCUUUGGGGCUAGAACAAUCUUUGUGAUUUGUCUUUAUAUAUUUAUUAUAUUAUUACUAUGCAGCUAACUAAUGACUUGCACUAAUCAACCGCUGUCUACGUAUUUUCUCCUGAUCAUGAAUCACCUGUACUAAUUACUAAUCAAAAUUAAUACAGGCCUUAUGAUGAAAUUAAAACUGAAUUCAUGUGCAUUCAACAUGAUAUGAAAUAUAUGCUCACUGGAAUAUACAUUACAUGAAGCUAUUCUUUGUAAAAUAGAAAAUUGAAUUAGAUUUAUAUGUAAUGUAAAAUGAUGAUGAUAGAUAUUCAUGUGUGGCCUACGCAGAUGAUUGAUUUUGAUUUGUUAUUAUCUAUAAAUCAAACCUUGAUGAUAUUAGAAUAUUUAUAUUAGACAUUUUGAAAUGGUUCAAGUUCAAGUUAGAGUAAUCAAUAGCAGUUGGUUGUCUAUUUUCUACCCAUAAAUGAUUUUAUUCUAUGUCGAUUGCAGAGGUAUUCUUGAACUGACGAAAAUCAUCUGUGCAGGUUUUUAGAAUGUAAUAUUAUUUGUAAAUAAUUAUAUUUAUGAAUUAGAUACACAAAACAAUUUUAAUAAAUGUUAUAGAUUAUUUCAGUAGACAUGCCAACAAGAGUCAAAACUAUCAAAUAGUCUAGUCUGAUGUUCAUUCUUAAAAUAAUAAUUUUAAUGGCAUUAGAUAAGAAAAUGUUGUAGGAGGCUAAUGCCCAUUUUCACCAGCGGUACCUAAAUGUUAAGUGUCCCCUAAGACAGUUUUAAGAAACACUUAGCGGACAUUUUGUUUUCACCAAUGCAUAAGUGUCACUUAAUGUGUUAAGAGGUCCCUUAGAUUUAGGAGGCAAACUUUUGACCACCUAAAGUUUAAGUAACGGAUAUUUUAAGGUUAGCUUUUUGUAGCACAGUACGUACGUCUCAACUAAAUAUUUAAAAAUGGAUAGUGACAAUGAAUUAUUUGAGGAUUUAGAAGCAUUAGAAGCGAUAGAAUUAAUAAAUAACCCAAGGUUGUUUACACGACCUCGUAUAUAUCGUGAAAGAUCGAAAGACUUCGUGAAAUAUGAUGAUAAGGAUUUCUUCAUCAGGUAUAGAUUAUCAAAGGAAAGUGUUUUAUUUAUACUACAGAAGAUAGAAAAUCAGCUAGAAUUCAACGACGAUAGAAACAAUUCUGUACCACCAAUCAACCAAGUUCUGUGUGCCCUUAGAUUUUAUGCCACUGGGAAUCAAUUAAUGUCUGUGGCGGAUUUAAAUGGGAUCAGCGUUGCCACUUGCAGCCGAAUAGUUAAAAGAGUUUCCCAAGCCAUAGUGAGUCUUCGAAGAGAAUUCAUUAGAUUUCCUGAUACUGAAGUAGAGCAACAUAUUGUGAAAGAAGAAUUUUACAGAAUAGCUCGUUUCCCAAAUGUUCUUGGGUGUAUAGACUGUACACACAUAAAGAUUCAAUCACCAGGUGGAGAUGAUGCAGAACUCUUUAGGAAUAGGAAAUCUUACAUAUCAAUUAACAUGCAAACAAUCAGUACUGCAAAGUUAUUGAUAACUGAUGUUGUAGUACGUUGGCCUGGGUCAACACAUGAUUCCACAAUUUAUCAAAAUAGCCAGAGGUAUACUAAAUUUGAACAUGGCGAUUACCGAGGGAAUUAUUUAUUAGGAGAUAGUGGAUAUCCUUUAAAGAGCCAUCUCCUGACACCAUAUCUUAAUCCAGUUUCUCGUGGACAGCAAAAAUAUAACGAGGCUCACAUAAAAACAAGAAAUGUAGUUGAGAGGCAAUAUGGCGUUUUGAAAAGAAGAUUUCCUGUCUUAGCCGUUGGUAUUAGACUUCAAUUACCAACAGCCAUUAAUGUAAUACUGGCAUGUUGUGUUUUACAUAAUAUAUGUAUUAUUCGGAAAGAGCAUGAACCUAUAAAUGAUGGCACUAUCCCAAAUUUAGAAGAAUUGAUAGUAAAUGGUCAAAUUCCUCAGAUACCAACUACAGUAAACGACCCCACUUAUGGUUUUCAACGAAACCAAAUAACUCAAUACUUUGAUAAUCUGUAAAUAAAUUAUUCUUUAUAUCCAAUGAGAAAAAUAAAUACAUUACCUUGAAUUUGUUCUAACAUUGCAUUUUUUAUUUCAAGAUCUUUGGCUGCUGCUUGCAAUUGUAAGGAGUAUAACUUUUUUUUAAAAUCUAACUCCUCCCUCAACAAUUUUUCUUUUAAAUCCUCAAUAUUUUCUUUUUUUUUAUAUACAUCUCUUAUACUUGAAGAAACUAAAGUCGAAGCUUCAGUCCGCUCAUUAUAAUUUGAUAUAUGUGGCCGUCUCCGUGACCACAAUGGGGUUUUUUUAAGCUGGGACUCGUGGAAAUCUUUUGGCACCUGAAAAAUAAAA